AUUACAAAGUCCAAGCUGCUAGCCUGAGGAGGCGGUGGGUUGGCCAAUCAGAGCGAGUAACUCACAGCGUUGGGUACCGGCAGCCAGUCAGAAGAGAGCUCGCAGGUGACUCGCCCGGCCCCAGCUUCCCGCCUUUCCCCUAACCUCUAAAUCGGGGCCCCUGUGGUUCCUGGGUUAAGUUCUUCCGCCACGGAGCUGUAUUUCUCGUCCUCUCUUUACGCUUGUAUUACCGAUCCCAGGCCUGUGCAGGCUUCUAGUGGGACAUGGCGAACUUGGGCUGCGAGGCCCUUCGGAGUCAGGAUGAGGAGAGUUUUCUCUACUUCGCCUAUGGCAGCAACCUGCUGACGGAGCGGAUCCACCUCCGAAACCCCUCCGCCGUGAUCUACAGCGUGGCCCGCUUGCAGGAUUUUAAACUUGACUUUGGCAAUCCCCAAGGCAAAACAAGUGAAACUUGGCAUGGAGGUAUAGCCACCAUUUUUGAAAGUCCUGGCGAUGAAGUAUGGGGAGUAGUAUGGAAAAUGAACAAAAGCAAUUUAAGUUCUCUGGAUAAGCAAGAAGGGGUUAAAAGUGGAAUGUAUGUCCCAAUAGAAGUUAUUGUUUCAACUCAAGAAGGAAAAGAAAUAACCUGUCGAAGUUAUCAGAUGACAAAUUAUGAGCGUGUUCCCCCAUCACCCCAGUAUAAAAAGGUCAUUUGCAUGGGUGCAAAAGAGAACGGUUUGCCACUGGAGUACCAAAAGAAGUUAAAUGCAAUAGAACCAAAUGACUACAAAGGAAAGGUCUCAGAAGAAAUUGAAGACAUUAUCAAAAAGGGGGAAGCAAAGACUCAUUAGAACUUAAUGGAAUAUAUCUACAUAUAUUUUCUCUAUAUGCUAAUACCUUUUUAACAUUUAGAACAGGGAUCUGGGAUGUAUCUCUGUUUAAUAUGUCUCAGCAGUGUUCUGGAGGGUUAUCUCACUUGGGUGAUUCCUUGUUUUGACUGUAAAAAGACCAAGGCAGGAGUUAGACAAUUGAAAGGGGGGCUGUGAGAGGUGUUGGAAUGCAUGACAGUUAGGUGUGAGUACUCCUGUGAACCCUUAAAGUUAUUUUACUGAGUUUAUCUGAAGUGUAUUUUUGCUCUGUGACUGAAGAUAAAUUUGCAACUUAAUGAUGGUGCUGGUAAAUCGCUCAGCUUGGAUUUUUUAAAAUCAGCUUAAUAAGAGCAAGCAAACUGAAGAGACAAUUGAUUAUAAAAUUUUUUAAUUAUUUUAAAACUAUUUAAAAUUUUUUAAAUUAUUUUAAAAUUUAAAAGAUGGCAUAAUGUUCUUAGAGGAAUAAAUGUAUUUGUGGUUUAACCUGUAUUCUCUGC